CAACAGAAAGACAUACUCGCUGUGCUAGUGGCCGACCCCAGAAGUUGCAGUUUUUCUAUCUUACACUCUCAAACAAGAGAAAAAGGGACACUAAUUGUAAUUUUGGCUCUCCUGCCACUAUUCUUUCAUUGCUUAGCUACUCUUUAUUUAUUGCUUUUUCAGGAAUCACAAUGUGCUUUAUUUCUUUAUAUUCCACAUGUCUCCCUCACUCUCUCUCCCUCACUCUUUUUCUUGUCUGUGUCUCUCUCUCUCUCUCUCUCUCACUCUCUUUCUCUUUCUCAUUUCAAAUAUUUACCAUCUGCUUGUAUAAAUCUCUCAGUAUUUUAUCCCUUACUCUUUCAAAGGAGGACCCCAAAACAGUAACUGAAACAACAUUAUUAUACUUUCUUUCUGUGGAGAUAUCCAUGGAAAAAACAAGCAGUGUUGCUGAUGAAGACAGAUGCUCUGAGCAAGACCAAGAAGAAGAUGUCUCACUCUGUGAUUUGCCUGUCAAUUUGAUGAAAGAAGGGAAUCAACAACCAAGUAAUUACGAAGGUGGCCAGGUUAUUGAAACAGUUCAUGAAGAAUUUGAUUUUGUUUCGGUGGGUGGUGGUUUGGAAAUGUGUGUGGCCGAUGAGGUAUUCUUUCAGGGACAGAUUCUGCCACUGCGUCUCUCAAUCAGCUCCGACAACGGGCUGUGUAAUUUCGGCCGGCAUGAUAGCCGGACCGCUAGCCGGUGCAUAUCUAGGUCCGAAUCCAUGGACCAUGGCUCAUUAGGCGGGUUCAGAAGCAUUAGCAGUGGAAGCAGUAGCUGCUGCAGCGGCCGAAGCUAUCAACACUCGUCCAGCACCAGCAGCUCUAACAAUUCCACCAUGAACAUCAUUACAAGGGUUACUUCCGAGUCAAGAAUCAGAAACAAUUUCCAUUCUCUCCCUAGUCCAAAACCCCAAAUCAGAGCCUCAAGUGCACGGCUUGAAAGAAUCAGUAGCAGAAAUCAAAAAUCUUCGAUUUGGGAUUUUUUCAGGAUGGGUUUGGUUCGGACACCCGAUAUAGAUUUGCAAGAGUUCAAGGUGGUUCGCAGUAAUAGCAGAGCCAAUAGAGCAUCGGUGAGUCGCAACAGCAGUGUUAAUAGUGAAAAUGCAACUGGUAGUGGUAUUGCAGCCACUAAUGGUAGCAAGGUGGAUGUGAAUUUGAACUUACAGGAUCAGGUCAAACAGAAGAGACAGAAAUUCUUAAGCGGAUGCAGAUGUUCAAUCGAAACAGUAGCUUCAAACGCUAUAAUCAUGAAGAACAGGAGUUAUAGUGCAAGUAAAACUAGUUGCAGUAGCUUUAAUGUGGCCAAUGACAGUGGGCAAACGCAUGCCAUGAAAGAGUUGAAGAUGAUGAGGAAGAAGCAAAAGCAAAAGCAGCAACAGCACCAGCAGCAAGGAAAGCAAGCUUUGUCACAUCACCGAACGUAUGAAUGGCUAAAGGAACUUUCGCAUGCAAACUUUCCUAUGUACGUCUAAAAGUUAAAGAUGGUGUAUGGUGGAUGGUGGGGUUAAUUUGAAUACAAAGAGUAUAAAAGAUCAUCAUCAUCUCCUCCUCAUCAACAAAGAAAGAAAAAAUGUUUUUUUUUUUUUUUUUUCCUUACACUUUGGGAACAAUUUGCUCGCAUGCCUCUUAAGUCUUUUGUUUAAUAUUUCUUUAUUAGCAUUUUGAUUUUUAACUUUAAUUUGAAUCAUUAGGAUGAAUAUAUAGUAUUUUAUUGUUUGAUA